AUGAACAACACAGCGACAACAUCUGGUAAUGUUACAUCUUUCGCAAAGUGGGCUUUUGAAUCGUCUUCGGUCGAAGGCACUUCUUCCGUCGGAACCACUACAUCGGAUAAUCAAUCUCAAAAUAAUUCAAGGGUUAGCAGGCACUCAACAUCUAAGAAACGUAAAGUCGAUAGGCAGCCAACUAUUUUUGAAUUAUCAAAUCAUCAGCAGGAAAGGGAUUGUUCUUUGCCAAUCAGAAAAUCAAUGCAAACUAGGCAAUCCAAAUCUGAGUCAAGGUAUACGUCAAGAAAUAAAAAGAUUACUACAACUACCUCUGGACUUGUUGUAGGGCCUGACAGGACAAUAUUUAGCAUAUUCGAGUCUGGGAAAAAUGCAGAUACACGAGUUGGAAUUUGCGUGGUAAAUUAUUCAACUGCGGAAAUGCACGUUUCAGAAUUCAUUGAUACUCAAGUCUUUAUUAAAACUUUAAACAAAAUAUACGUCUGUCAACCCACUGAAAUCCUCAUUCCAUCGCAUUCAUUGUCGGGAAAAGUUUCAAAGUUGUCGACUAUAGUCAAAUGCAAUAUUUCCGACAAUGUAAAGAUAUGCGAGGCGGCCACGAAAGUUUACAAUCCUCAAGAGGGAUUAGAAGUUCUUGAAAAGUUCGCCUUACUUGGUACAAACAAGUCUCCUGUACCUUUCGCGGAACAAUUAAUCGGUAAAGAGUUUUGUCUUAUGGCAGUAUCUGCGGCUAGCAACUACAUGACACAAAUAGCUGAAGCUGAUUUAGCUUUAAAGUUUAGCAACUUCAGAGUUAGAAUUGAUAAUGGUGACAAUACCAUGUUGAUUGAUAUGAAAACAGUUCAAUCUUUAGAAUUAAUAGAAAACACUCUAGAAUCAAAUGGAAUGACACUAUUAAAAGUAAUUGACAAAACAGUGACUAAAAUGGGACAUAGAGCGCUUAGGAAUGAUAUACUUCAACCUUUAACUGAUAUUAAUUCGUUAAAGCUUAGAGUUUCUGCUGUACAGGAACUACAGAACAACCCAGAUUUUUUAAAUUCCUUUAGGAUGGAGCUAAAAGUUCUUCAUGACCUGGAUGCUCUUUUCUCUAAACUUCUCUCGUUCAAUCACACCGUCAUUCUUCCUGAUCAAAAGCUCAAUUAUGUCAUAUUGUUGAAAGAAUCCAUUGAGAGUGCAACAACGCUUAAGAGACUUUUCGAAGAAAGCAAAUUUGAAAGCAAAUUGUUGUCAGAAAUCAUGGCAAUAUUUAGUUCAGAUGAUAUUAGCAGCAUCUUUGAUUUGAUCAAUCGAUAUCUCAAUGAAGAUACACGUUGGGCUUCUACACCUAUCGAUCUACAAAACCAGAAAGCGUACGCUAUUAAGAGAGGUUCAAACGGUCUUCUUGACGUGCUCAGGCAAUUGUAUAAAUCUUUAACAGAUGAUAUUAUGAGAGAAGUGGACUCCCUCAGAGAUAAAUUUGGAUUGAAUUUCAGCCAUGGACAUGAUGUUAAUCGGCAGUUUUACUUGAAACUAAAAAAGAAAGACAUUAACCAGCUCUCUGAUUUAGACUCCUGCUUUAUCAAUCGUGUUACGAAGAAAACUGCGUAUGAAUUUACCACAUUGAACUUAAUGAAAAUGAAUACAAGGCUCUCUGAGCUUACUUGUGAGAUGAUAGCUUUGAGUGAACAAACCGUGAGUGAACUUUUAUCCAAUAUUUCUUCUCAUAUCGCAACACUUUUUAUGAUAUCUGAGGCUAUAUCAGUUCUAGACCUUUUGUGUUCUCUUGCAACAACGGGUUUAGAGAAUAACUGGAUUUUAGCAUCGUUUGGUAAUCAUUUAUCACUUAGUGGAGCUCGCCAUCCAAUUUUAGAAAAUACACUAACCAACUUUGUAGCGAAUGAUGUAGAGGCAAUACCCAAUCUCUCUUCGUUUCAGAUAGUAACAGGUUGUAACAUGAGCGGAAAAUCAAUAUACUUGAAACAAGUUGCUAUGCUUACAAUUUUGGCGCAGAUAGGAUGCCCUGUGCCCUGUACUUCUGCAUCUUUCCCCCUAUAUCAGAAGCUUCAUGCCCGUGUCUGUAAUGAUGACAUAGAGGCGUAUUCAUCCACUUUCUCAGCAGAAAUGAAAGACAUGGCAUAUUUCAUUGAUGAUAUAACAGAUAAGACUCUUAUGAUCCUAGAUGAAUUAGGACGUGGCUCAAGCAUCGCAGAUGGGUUCUCUAUAGCUUUGGCUAUAUCGGAAUAUCUCCUUUCCAAAAAUGCUACUGUAUUUCUAUCGACACAUUUCAGAGAUAUUCCUAAAAUAUUGGCACCAAAGCCUCGUGUUUUACAUCUUGAGAUGAAAACUGAGAUUGAUCAGGAAUCACAUCUCAAAAUGAAAUAUAAAGCCUCCACAGAAUCAGAAGAGAUAGAAGGAUACGGUAUGAUGAUUUGUAAACGAAUUUUCAGUGAAAGAAUUAUGUUGGAAGCAUACAAAAUAUCGGAAUUACUUCGAGCUAGCAAAAGAAAAGGUUUGAAAAUCAUUGCAAAGGAAGAUUCUUGUGAUAAUGCAUGUCAAACUACCCAAAUCAAACAGGUUUAUUAUUUAGUACAAAAACUCAAAGCGUUUUGUAAUCAUGAAAAAACAAUUGACAUUGAAGAGUUGCGAAGUCUACAAGAUGAUUUCAUUUCAACGUUUGAAAUAGUCUGA